AUGGAAAAUUAUGCAUACAACAGUCAAAGUUUCACAAGCUGGAAGUUUUACUGUUGUCCAAAUGAUUUAUUGAACGAUGAGAUCAAGAAGCCAUGUCACUUUGGAAUCUCAAAUAGCUACGAUCAAAUUGCAAAUUCAUUCUCAACUAUCUCGUCAUAUCUGAGUAUUCACAGCCCGCACACAAAACACUUAUCUUUAGCACAACAAACCAUGUCACAGACUCACAGCUUUGUUAUUGAUGAAGUUAUAGAUGGCAUUUGUCAUGAAUGGUUUAUGUGUGCCAGCGUGUCUGGGGAACUGAUGAAAAAACAUAAAACUCACAAUGAAAUGGCGAAAAAAGAAACAGCAAAAAAAUACUUACUUUCCCUUUCAGUACCGCUAACUUCACCACAAGAGACGAUUGAAAGUGAAUCGUCGACAGCCACAGCUCAAAUCAACAAAGAAAUCAAUCGCGUUCUUUAA